GUAACUAGAAAAGCUUCAUCACCACCCAAAGCUAAUAAGAGAGAUAAAAGGGAAGAGAGUCACCUUAAAUCCCCCAUUGAAAAUAAACAGCAAAAACCAAAAUUCCCCUUCCUUUUUAUCUCUUAAAAUCCUUUGAGAAAUAUCCCAUCCCACUCUCUGCCUUUUGAUCACAACCCCACUUCUCUGCUCUUUCAUUUGAUCCAAUUUUUGCUGUUUUAAAAAACGUCAAAUUCUCUGCCAAUUUGUUGACGGAUGCAGAUGAUGGGGUUUCAGGAAUCUUGGGUUGCUCCGAUAUAUGUUUGAUGUCAUGACAUGUUGAUUGGAUAUAACUUGUUGCAUUAUAUGUUCUUGUACUUGCUGUCAUAUAACGAAGUUUUAUAGCACUUUAGAACCCUGCAAAGCUUGGCCACUGUGAAAUUUUGGCAGUGCCAAAUGGAUGCCACUGCGAGCGGAACCCCCACUAUACAAUACCAUAACAUUCCUGACCAGCCAAUUGCCACUAUUGUUGCCACUCCUGUACCAACAUUUGAAAGGCGGCAACGCCAUUGCUUCGGGACCUCCACCCCCGGAGAGUUCCCUUUAGCUGCCAACCCCUCCAUUGUCCUCCAUGUCCUUACUGCCUGCAAUUUGGAUCCUCAAGACCUUUCAAAGUUAGAGGCAACAUGUUCCUUUUUUAGGCAGCCUGCACACUUUGCUCCUGACUUUGAAUUGUCCAUAUCGGAGCUUGCUGCUCUGGACAUGUGCCAAAAAAGAGCUAUAUUUAAGCCAAUGACAGUCGAACAGCGUCAAGAAUUGAAGCAAAGAUGUGGGGGUUCAUGGAAACUUGUUCUGAGGUUUUUGUUGGCUGGAGAGGCAUGUUUCCGAAGGGAGAAAUCGCAGGCAAUAGCAGGGCCCGGUCACAGCAUUGCUGUGACUUCAAAAGGAUCUGUCUACUCAUUUGGCUCAAACAGCUCAGGACAGCUUGGACAUGGCACAACUGAAGAGGAAUGCCGGCCUCAGCCAAUCAGAUCUCUGCAAGGCAUUCGAAUUAUUCACGCAGCUGCUGGGGCUGGCAGGACAAUGCUGAUCAGUGAUGCGGGGAAAGUUUAUGCUUUUGGAAAGGACUCUUUUGGUGAAACUGAGUACGGGGUUCAAGGGUCAAAGCUGGUUACUACUCCACAGUUGGUUGAGUCUUUGAAAGACAUAUUUGUGGUACAAGCUGCAAUAGGAAAUUUCUUCACAGCGGUGUUGUCAAGAGAGGGCAGGGUGUAUACAUUUUCUUGGGGCAACGAUGCCAAACUCGGUCACCAAACUGAGCCAACUGAUGUUGAGCCUCAUCCUUUAUUGGGAGCACUUGAGAAUGUACCUGUGGUGCAAAUUGCAGCUGGAUACUGCUACCUUCUUGCUCUGGCUUGUCAACCUAAUGGCAUGUCAGUUUACUCUGUUGGAUGUGGCUUGGGAGGGAAGCUUGGACAUGGGUUAAGAACUGAUGAGAAGCACCCCCGACUUAUUGAACAAUUUCAGGUUUUGAACCUUCAGCCGAUGGUGGUUGCUGCCGGUGCUUGGCAUGCCGCUGUGGUCGGGCAGGAUGGACGCGUCUGCACAUGGGGUUGGGGCCGUUAUGGCUGCUUGGGUCACGGGAAUGAAGAAUGUGAAUCAGUUCCUAAGGUUGUGGAAGCAUUGAGCCAGGUGAAAGCAGUGCACGUUGCUACAGGGGAUUACACAACCUUUGUGGUUUCAGAUGACGGUGAUGUGUACUCAUUUGGUUGCGGAGAAUCAGCUAGUCUUGGACAUAGUACUGCCGCCGAUGGACAGGGAAAUAGGCACGCAAAUGUAUUGGCACCAGAGCUGGUGACAUCACUGAAGCAAGUGAACGAGCGGGUUGUACAGAUCAGCCUCACCAACUCCAUAUACUGGAACGCCCACACUUUUGCACUCACCGAGUCAGGGAAGCUAUACGCAUUUGGGGCGGGAGACAAAGGGCAACUAGGCAUUGAACUAGUUGCCAACCAGACCGAAAGGGGAAAGCCAGAGCUGGUCGAUAUUGAUCUCAGAUAGAGUUCAUCGAUAUCGUCGGCUUUCCCGGCCACACCCUAAUGCUCUAUAUCCUCUAAUUUACCAUCAUAACUCAUUGCAUUUGACGUUUGCAUUUCCAUGUCUAUUGUGUACAUAGGAACAAAGAAUUGUGAAGUUUCAAGUUUAUUAGGUUAAUAGGGGCUUAAAACAGAUUGCUAAAUGGUUGUUUAUAUCUCUGAAAAUUUGGCUUGCUCUUAGGCUUCAAGUAGUUGUUGAUAGCUGAUGAUACAUUUGUCAAGGUUCAUUUCAUGACUUAUUUCAUGUCAAUUAAAUUUAUGAUUUA